AAAUUUGGCGCCAUAGCGUUUUAUGGCCACCGCCGCCGAUCGUGAAAAGUUUGGAACGUAGGUACAAACAACUUUCUGCUGAUGACGUUUUUGAAGAUUCGUUGUCUGUCAGAAUAGUGCUUCGCAUUCGAUUUAAAAUCGAAAGAAGAGUUGCGUAUAGUGUUGCAUUGCUAUGUUUGUGCUGGUUAGAAGUGGUUAAAUUUCUUACUUCGAAACCGGAGAACAUCGUCUAGCUUCACUUCUUAUCCCUCUAUUCAGUGCCAGUUUCGUUGUUACCAGUCGUAACACGUGAGAAAAAGUAGAUAUUUCUUGUAUCAGUCUGACAAAUCAGAUUGGUAUAUACAUCAUCAGUUGACUACAGUUUUGCAUGUAUGCUUAUCCUUGGUUUUCAUAAUGGAGAAUGCUACAUUGGAAGCAUCUUUGAGAGUAGAAUUCCGGGAGAGUCGUGUGGGCAAUGAAAUGCUAUUGAUAAAUGGGUGCAAGUACAUGGUUAACAGGCGGUCUGGUGAUACUACAUAUUGGCGUUGCAUUUACUCCUGGUGCCAUUGUCGGGCAGUCUUUAAGGGAGGACAACUACGAUCAGCAAGAGGCACCCAUGUUUGCCCUCAACCUCUCCAGAAUGAGACAGCGAAUAAAAACAAGUUACAGCUGCAGUCAAAUUCAGAAGUAACUCAAAUGAUUGUUGAUGUUGAUACAAUUCCAAGCAAAUCUCUGGACAGUACAGACUAUAUUAUUGAAACUGAAACAUCAGAAGCCAACAGUUUUUUGGAAUUUGUUGAAGACAAAUCCGUUUCAAUAAAGACUGAAACUCCUGAUGAAGACUUGAAUGAUGUUGACUUUGCUUGGAAACAACGAAUUCUAAAAGGGCUUAAAGUUUAUUCUGAAGCUGAGCAACAUCGUCGCUUUAAAAUUGCCUAUGAUAACCGCAAAGCCUGGAUUGACAACAGAAAACAUUUCACUGAAAAAAUUUCGGGGUGUAUCAAGAAAUGGGCUACCGGCAAAUCUAGAUGGACAUUUUGUAACGAUUGGCCGACUCGGAGCCAGUGCAUGAAGCUAAUCAAACCUGAGCGUGGGUCUGGAGUACUAGUUGAACAGCCUCUAGUACCUAUCAAGAUAAUUGAACACGUCAAUCCUCCACCGCAAUUGUCUACUGAAUCUACAGAAAAAAGCGUGGAUAGUGACUUGGAACCGGUCAUCAAAAAGGAAUCUGUAAAAAGACACGAAGGAAAAGUCAACGAGAUCGUGAAUUCUAGUGAAAAGAACCUAGGCAAGAAUAAAGCAUACAAAUCGUUUAGAAACGAAGGGAAAUGUCCAAUAUGUGGGAAGGUGUUCCAGUCAUCUCUUGAAAGACACCUGAAUGUUCACUAUGGAAUUAAGCCUUAUAAAUGUGAUCGUUGUGAUAAGACGUUCUCCCAGGAGCAUAGCUACCGUUCCCAUGUCAGAUUACACAACUCUGACAAACCGUUUAGCUGCACAAUUUGCCCGAAGAAAUUUACGUCAAACGGCACAUUGAAGAGGCAUAUAACGAGUCAUUCUAACGGAAGAACAUUUCCAUGCAAUAAUUGUGGAAAGGUGUUCCGGAAAUCUGAAUUUUUACAUUUCCACACCUUUAAAUGUCACCCCCAGAAAGAGCUAGCAUCUGAAAUGAUAUCUGAUAUCGAUGGAGAAAGCGGAACCAAGCUAGCCAUUCGUGGGAAGACCUCCACUCCAAGAAAAAGGAGAAUUGCACGCAACUUCAAUGAAGAAGAUGAAGAGUACCCAACUAAUCUAUCCAAAAGAAGAGGUUUGGUAAAGGAAGAACAAGGGGAAAGGAGAGAGCAGACACAACAUAUCUACAUGGAUAAAAAAGGAGAAUCGUCCAGAUCGUCGAAGCGACAAUUCACUCUAGAGGAAUUAAAGUACGCAGAUUUUCUGCAGCCUAAAGUUGUACUGUCAAAAUCGUUAAGCGUAAUUAUUACUCAGAUGAUGUCUGAAAGCGAAAGAUCAACAACAUGCAACAACGCCAUUGUUAAUCUAUGGUUUCACAAUUAUGCGAAACCUUGUCAGUUUUAAUAUACUACUGCGUACUUGUAAUUACUACUAGUACUACGGCGUAGCACGCCAUUUAUUAAUUACCUUUGGUUGGAACCCAUCUUGUAUCCUUCCUGCCAGGCGCACCCCUUUUUUACUUCAAAUUUCAAUUUGAUUUUAUUUAUGACGAUGCGUACAUUCUGUAAAUUUGAUCGCUUGAUUUUUUGCAGAUAACCAUGCAGAUCUAUCUUCAUUUAAUGAUAGGACCGACGAGCUUGUUGAAUCUUAAUCGAGGAAACGACUCACUGACGUUUGAUUACUUGAUGCCUACCAUCAGUUUUGCUUCUAUUCUACUUUUCUGAAGAUUUAUUUGUCCCACAAUACAAUUUUUGUUUUUCUC